AUGAGAAGGAAUGUGCUGCUGAAGCUCUCCCCUAAUAAGGCCCUCCUGGAAUUGCUGUUGCUGUUGUUGCUGGGCUUGCGCGUUCUCGCUGUUUGUCCCUCCAUGUGCACUUGCAGUCGUAGUCACCGGGAAGUAGACUGCUCCUGGAGAGGGCUCCGACUACUGCCUGAUGGUUUGCAGUAUAACCUCCGCACCCUUAACUUGUCACAUAAUCGUUUUCACAACCUGGAUAUCCAUCUAACGCCCUACACUCAUCUAAGAGUCCUUGAUUUGUCUUACAAUAGGUUGAUUCACCUCCCUGCAGGACUUCCAAGGUCACUCUGGCAGCUCUACGCAUCCUACAACCGGGUGCAACUUUUGGAAAAGAAUGACACUGCUUAUCAAUGGAACCUGCAAGUUCUUGAUUUGUCAUAUAACAAAUUAGAACGUGCAGUCUUCAUAAACAACACCUUAAUAAAUCUUCACACACUUAACUUGAGUCACAACCACUUCUGGACAAUCCCUACCAAUAUGCCAGCUCAACUUGACAUUAUAGAUCUAUCUCACAACCUGCUUGUAAGAGUCCUACCAGGGUCCUUGGACAGACUAUCAAGACUAACCCACUUUUACCUUCAAGCUAACCGCUUCACCACAAUGUCCUUUGGGGUGCUGGAUAGGCUCACAUCACUUCGAAUCAUACAUUUGGGGAGUAACCCCUGGGCCUGCCAUGUACCAAAUGAAGUCACCUAUGUUGUGUCUUGGGCACAACAAACGUCAGCACGCGUCCUUGGUUGCCCCUGUCAUACCCAGUCUGUCUGUGGAGGAGUGCGUCCUGGAAGAACAGGAGGAUGGCAUUUUGCAUCCUAUGAUCUACCCCCACUUGCAGCCAGCGCACAAGGCCACAACUCCAUGACCCCUAGGGCUAGUGAGACUGGAAGGGGGUAUCAGCCAUAUACUACCGAGGACUACAUGACCACUCCAUACCACCCAAUGUACCCUACCUUCUCGACUAAUAACAAACUAAUACUUCAAACUAUGGAAGAAUUUUUAGACACUGAUUCAUAUUUUCAGAUGACAGAAACUUCCUCAAUUUCUGAUACACGCGGCAUCACAGAUAUAGCUGAUGUGACACUUGCUGCAAACACAUACUUCACAACCGAGAGCCCGUCCGCCCACACGAAGAAAACUACCACACUACGCACCAGAAGUGUAAGGAGGCAGAAUCUUGGUGGUGGUAUCAGCAGAUCUGGCUCAGCAUUAGCCAUGUGCUCCACUCUCCUGCACAGUCUGGGCCUCCUGUCAAUCAUUAUUUUACAACAGGGACUUUGA